AUGCAGCAGAACACACAGAGCGUCAAGUUGUUUUUCUGGAUGGUUCCCACGACACCGGCAGCGUUUCUGUCUCUGGUCUUUUUCCACCUCACAGUUUGGUCCUGGAAUCUCUCCAGCACCCCCUGUCAGUCACCGGCUGCACUGCGUCAUCAACAGCCGCUCCUCCCCCCUCUCACCCCUCUCACCCCUCUCACUCCUCUCCCCCCUCUCACUCCUCUCCCCCCUCUCCCCCCUCUCCUCCCUCUCACCCCUCUCACCCCUCUCACCCCUCUCCCCCCUCUCACUCCUCUCCCCCCUCUCACUCCUCUCCCCCCUCUCCCCCCUCUCCUCCCUCUCACCCCUCUCACCCCUCUCCCCCCUCUCCUCCCUCUCACCCCUCUCCCCCCUCUCCUCCCUCUCACCCCUCUCCCCCCUCUCUCACCCCGGGGGCCGAGCUGUCCCGCCGGCCCGCUCUCAGGCGUUGUCUUUGUGGGGAACAUGCUCUCUGUUUGUCGCCCGAUAGACUUCCCCAUUCAGGGCCUUUUCCAACGACCUGUCCGCGCUCACAAUACCCCCUGCACCCCCAAACCCCUCACCCCUGUCUCCCCCCCCUCCUCCCCCCCGCGGGAGUUUGUUUAA